GCGCGUUUUCUGUAAGCGAGAGAGCAGAACAACAUUCAGUUGUUUUUGUGCCGAGGCUUAAGGCAGUCGCACAAGAGACGAGAAAAAUCGCGCAAUAGUAGUGUCACGCCGAAACAGUCGGUCCGACCAAGAAGUACACGUUUUUCCCGAAAGGAUAGCUCAGUGUUUCCCUACCCAAGGAGAGUCACGGAGGAUCCACCCUAAGGAACCGAGGUAUCAGACGUAGCGACAACGGACAAACCGGAAGAAGCGACGCAUACCGUCGGUCUUCACGUACGCCCGAGGUCCAUCAACCACAAGAUUGAUAGAUGAUACUCGAAUGGACGCCAUGGCAACCAUACAACACGCCGCCAGCAUAUGGCAGGACAGCGCCGGCUGCGGGUGCAGAAAGGCCAGAGCCCCCAAAAUCGGAGACAUACCCAGGCACAGUGCUGUCGAAGUAGACCUAAAAACAGACGUCUACACACCAAAGCUAAGCUAUGCCGAACCUGUCUACCAGACCACGCCCAAAACGAAGCCGUCAACAAACAAGAGCUCAAAACCGCAACAAGCAACAGAUCAGAGACCAAAUGAGGCCUCACACACACAACCAGAUAAGACUGGUAUAGACAAAAUCGCUGUGAUAACGAACAAUGUGCCUUCCCAAAAAGACCAAACCGGAGAUAACUCCAGGGUACCUACGACGACGACGUCCAAGAGACCGCCGUCCGGUCUUAACCACAAGUUCCUGCUUCAGUCCAAGAGUUUUCAGGGUGGGACCCAGGACCAUUCUAGACCCAUCUUUCCAAACUGCCCUUUCAGCCCGUAUGGUAGCCCCAACGGUAGUCCAAGAUGUAGCAGGAAGAGGGGUCCUUUGAAAGAGUCGAGGAGGGUCUCGAUCGAAAAGGCAGGGAUGUACCUUCAACUCAACCAGUACAAGUUGUUGGAUGCCAUAGGUCAGGGAUCUUAUGGAGUCGUCAAGUUGGCUUAUAGCGAAGAAGAUGACACUCAUUACGCUAUGAAGAUCCUUUCCAAAAAAAAGUUGCUCAAAAAGUCUGGAAUUUUCGGACGUCUACCGCCAUCCAGAAAAGACAGCAAGGGUGCCAUAACGACCAACGCCAUCAACCAUCCCUUACAGAAAGUUUACAGGGAAAUAGCCAUAUUGAAAAAGCUUGAUCAUCCCAACGUGGUCAAGCUGAUCGAGGUACUGGAUGAUCCAGCUGAAGAUUGUCUAUACCUGGUCUUCGAGCUCGUUGAACGUGGUCAAGUUCUCGACCUUCCAACAGACCAGCCUCUGGACGAAGAGAGCGCCAGGGUGUAUUUCAGGGAUGUAGUCUUGGGCCUCGAAUAUCUGCAUUACCAAAGAAUCAUACACAGGGACAUAAAGCCAGCCAAUUUAUUGUUGAGCAAUACAGGUCACGUCCAGAUUGCUGACCUGGGCGUCUGCAAUGAGUUUGAUGGAACAGAUGCUUUUCUGUCAAAUUCUGCCGGUACCCCAGCUUUUGCAGCACCAGAAGCUCUUUGCGAGAAAGCUGAAUUCAGUGGAAAAGCCGUGGACAUCUGGUCCUUGGGAAUAACCCUAUAUGCAUUCGUUUACGGGAACGUUCCUUUCCACGACGAUAAUCUGAUGGGACUGUACUCCAAGAUACGCAGCGACAACGUGGUAUUUCCAUCUGAACCGAAGAUAUCCGAGUUACUUAAGGAUCUCAUCUCCAAGAUGCUGGUCAAAAAUCCCAGCAGUCGGAUAACUCUGCCCGAGAUCAAGCUCCAUCCAUGGGUGACUAUGAAUGGCGCUUGUCCUUUGCCUUCUGAAGAAGAGAACUGUGAUUUAGUAGAAGUAACCGAUGAGGACCUUAACAAAGUCGUCACUUCCAUACCAAAACUGGACACUCUCAUCCUCAUCAAGCACAUGCUCAAAAAACAUUCCUUCCAGAAUCCUUUCCUGCAUCGACGAGAUGUCCAUCGUUCGUCCAACGCCAGCGUCACGGCUACAUCAGCUGCACAGGCCAACAGAAGGCUGUAUAGCAGGUCGGGAAGAUCCAACUCUGCGCCAGACUCUUACAUGUUCAGCGAGAUUUCGUUAGAUCCGGCUCUGGAGGCAGUCAAAGAAGUGUCGCUGGACCAGGCAAGUCAGAAAAGUCUGGAGGCGGAAAGUCAGAAGAGCCUGGGGACGGAAAAUCAGCGUACAAAGAGUCGAUGAUCUGGCGAAACUGUGUAGAAAAAUUAUCCCAGAAAGUGAUGAAAAAACGUGGGAAAAUGAGCGGAAAAUUUAAAGAAAACUCGGAUUUCCUUUUACCAGAUUCGCUCCUUCGAUCGCUGUUGAAAGCAUUGGGAAUUUAAGCGCGAUAUUUUCAGAUUGUUUUCGUGAGUUUUAUGGAGGAUCAUUGUCUGGAGAUGGGAAAUUUUCGGGAACCUACUAGAGUUUAUAAGAAUGUCAAAAGUUCUUGAAAGAUUAUCCGCCUGUUUUCCCUUGAAGUUUUUUCAGGUCUUAAAUUGUUUAGAUUUACGGUGAAAUUAUUUUUGUAAUAAAUUUUUUAUUGUUUUUUUUA